AGAAAAAAAAAUCUAACUCGUAUCUACAUUCAACUAUACUCUUCUUCAUUUCCACUGAGAAAGAAAACCCCCAAAUUCACCCAAAAUCUUCAACCCUAGAUAUAAUUCUUGCUCAUCUCACUCUAAUCCAGCCAAAAUGAUGGACGUGGAUCCCAAAUUCGCCUAUAAUCCGGGUCAGGUCGACCCAGACCAGAUUCCCAACGCCCCGGCCCGCCUGGCUUUCCACCGCCGGGCCCACUCCGAGUCCUUCCGUUUCCCCGACCUCGACGACAUCCUUGUCGACGGCGUCCUCGCCGACCUCAACCUCGACGCUCCGCCGCCGCAGAAGCAGUCGAAGAGGAACGACGGCCUGUCUCAUCUCCGGAGCCUCUCGGUAGACGCCGAUUUCUUCGACGGCCUGGUGCUGGACGAGCCGCCUCCGCCUCCGCCGCGCCACAGGCAUAGCAACUCCAUGGAUGGGUACUCGAGCACGACGACGUCGUGCGAGGUGGAUUCGAACGCGAAGAAGGCUGUUGCUGCUGAUCGGUUGGCGGAGCUCGCCCUGAUUGAUCCUAAGAGAGCGAAGAGGAUACUGGCGAAUCGACAAUCUGCUGCGCGAUCUAAAGAGAGGAAAUCGCGAUACACGAGUGAGCUGGAGAGGAAAGUCCAGACUCUGCAAAGUGAAGCGACUACGCUCUCAGCAAAGAUCACAUUGUUGCAGAGAGACACAAGCGGGUUGACUGCUGAGAACAAGGAACUCAAACUGAAGCUGCAGGCCAUGGAACAGCAAACACACCUAAGAGAUGCUCUGAACGAAGCGUUGAGGAGUGAACUGCAGUGGCUCAAGAUUACAGCCGGCCAUGGCUCCAACGGAAGCAGCAGGGGUUCUUCCUCCCCAUUUUCACCACCACCCCGGCCUCCAACAACAAAUUACUAUUCGCAGCAACAGCAGCAGCAUACGAGCCCCAACAACGCGAGAAGCAGCCCAUAACUGCAACCUAACAGGAGGGGUUGAUGAUGUCUGAGGCGUAGCCAUUUGUAAAAGAGAAGUAUAUUAUCCAGUUGUAUAUAUACAUGAACGCGUGCUAUUGCGACUAGAGAACGAUGCUAGAAACCUCUGUAAAUGUAGUAUUUACAUACAUCUUCUACCGGAUUCUGAUCAUGUAGCUCGCAAUUCGUCCUUACAUAAGCUCUUAUCGUAUACACAUUUCAUCA